AUGACUUUGACAAGACACCCGGAAAUCGCCAUGGCCUCGAUGGCCACGCGGCGCUGGCUGUUGGCCUGCCUCUCCUUCUGUCCCUUCUUGCUCUCCCCCAGCUGGGUAGGGCCUCUCGGCACGCGCCGAGCCCAAAGCUCUCGCAGCUCGGCCCUCCGUGCGGUAGCGCUGAGCCGCAUCACCACGGGGGACACGCUGCUGCAGAAGCAGAAGCUGGAGGAGGACGAGGAGCGGCUGAAGAGCCUAGCGGACUUUGACCUGGGCAUGCCGGACGUGAACGACCUGCCGGAGAUCACGGCUUUGAUGGUGGAGUGCUUCGACCGCAUCAUCGCCAAGAAGCGCUGGGAUUCGAAGAUCCCCUUCUCUGAGUAUGUGAAUCCCUUCAUCGACCAAAACGAAGUGAAGGAGAUCGCGCAAGGGGUGCGCAUGCGCCUGGACGUGACGCUGCAGUUUCAGUCCUUGCGGCGCCCCAUCAAGCAGGAUGAGAGCGUGGCAUUGGUGGCCAGGGAGAAGCAAGGAGGCCCGCUGGUGGCUUACGUGGAGAUUUGCAUUCUUCCCAAUGACGGGCGUCGCCCGGAAGACGAUGAUGGCAAGACGACCAGCGGCACCACCCGGGAGCCGUACCUUAGCAACCUCUGCGUGAGCCCUGCAUACCGAAGGUCCGGUAUCGGCCGGGCGAUGCUGCGUUUGGCCGAGGAUGUCAUCAGGUUCAUAUGGAAGGACGAGCGAAUAUAUCUUCACAUUGACAAUUACGACCCCGCCAGGCUGCUCUACGAGUCUGAAGGUUUUGUGGCCACAGGCCCCAUGGAUUCAGAGCAGGUGACGCACAUGAUAAAAGGGCUGCCCCCCUUGGAAGAGGAGGAUGAGGACGACGAGGAUGCGGAGGAUGAGGAGGAGCUUCCGGCAGAGGCAGAAGCCGAGGCCGGUGAGCCGCUGGCUUUGCCCGCUGGCGAGUCGGAGAAGCCUGCCACGACCUACACCACGAGCACUCCUGUACCAUAUGCCUACACCUCGCCGUACACUUCGCCGGUCACGGUCACUGCCCCCUACCCCGGGACUGCGCCGUACUCCGCGCCUGUCACGGUCACAGCCAUGACCUCCGCGGCCCCCGCAGUAGAGGUCUCCACCAUGGCUGCGCCCUCGGUGUCUGUGCCGGCGACUUCGGGUCAGCUGGCGUCUUACGCACCUUCGCAGCCCCAGGUGUACCGCGUCACCAGCGGCGGAGUGGUGCCGCAUACCGUGUCGCCGCAGAGUUCUGUGACAUACACCACCAGCACGCCCUAUGCCGCGGCGCCGGAGCAGUAUGGCUAUUCCAUGCCCGCCAUGCCUGGAUCGUAUUCAGCGGCGCCAUGCACUGCCACACCUGCGAAGUCGUACAUGCCCCCGCCAUCCUCCUACUCGCCGCCCUUGGUCCCUCAGGGCACCACUGGUGCGGUGCCAUACGCCGCGGCGCCGCCCAGCCCGGGCCCGGGCCCGGCACCUGCGCCGUCGGGCCCUCCUGUGCAGCCGCAACGGCUGACCGAGGGGAUUCCGGACCCGCAAGCCAUUGAGCAGCAGAAGAGCGCCUAUGCCAGGAGUUUGGAUGCUCAACUUGAGCAGGGCAUCAAGAUGAUUGAGCAGCAGAACGAUGUGAAGAAGCAAGCGCUGCGGCAGGAGGCAGAGAUGAAGAAGGAGCAAUACUUCCUGCAGGUUGAGCAGCAGCUACGAGCGCAGGAGAUGAGCGUGGAUCAGCAGGCCAAUUACCAGCUCAUGGGCUUGCAGCAAGCAGCCUUUGAAAGACGCGCCAUCUUGGAUCAGCAGGCAGCUUCGGCGACACUGGAGUACGAGCAGAAGCGCGUCCAGGAUGACUUUGCCAAGACGCAGUACGAACACAAGAAGCGGGCUGCACAGAAGCAGGCAGAGAUGCAGAAGGAGUUGGCGAGGCAGAAGGAGGAGUUUGCUCGCCAACAGCGUGCCAUGCAAGAGGCCUACGCCCAGCAGGCAGCUGGCCUCGCUGCCGACAGGCAGGCUGUGGGUCAGUACGGCGCUCCCUCCGCUUAUCGGCAAGACGCUUAUCAGGCGGCACCCGCAGGGUACGGCGCCGGGUAUGGUGCGAUGCCGCAAAGGUGA